GAUAAGCUUUGUUCUUCCCUUCGUUCCAGCCAUGGCUGCACCUUCACUCUCUUCCGCCCUCAAUACCCUCUCCUCUCUCUCCCUCCCCACUUCCUCGCGCUUCUCCCUCCUCCCCCCGCCUCCCCACAAGCUCUCCCUCCUCUCCAAGCCCCUUCACCACGCCGCCCUCGUCUCCGUUCCCAAAUCCAAACCCUCCGACGACAUCGACACCUCCUUCUUCGACUCCGUCAACCCCAACGCCGACAUUGUCUUCACCCCGCCGGAGGCUCCCGAGGGCUUCGUCCCGCCCCCCUCCUUCGACGACGGCCUCCUGGAGACCGACGAGGAGAUCGCGUCCGCCUACGAGGAGCUCUACGGCCCCGCCUACAGCGGCGUGUCGGUCCUGGGCAACGACGUGUUCGUGAUGGACUCGAAGGUGAAGAAGGACACUGGGUUCGGGUCUGGAGCGAAGAAGGAGAAGGUGCGCGACGGGUUUGAAGAGAGGGUGGUUCAGGUGAGGAGGGUGACCAAGGUGGUUAAGGGAGGGAAGCAGCUGCGCUUCAGGGCUGUUGUUGUUGUUGGUGACAAGAAGGGUCAGGUCGGCGUUGGAGUUGGCAAGGCCAAGGAGGUUAUUGCUGCGGUUCAGAAAUCUGCCGUUAAUGCCAGGAGGAACAUUGUUAAGGUGCCUAUGACUAAGUACUCCACUUUUCCUCAUAGAUCUGAUGGAGAUUAUGGAGCAGCCAAGGUGAUGCUUAGACCUGCUUCUCCUGGUACUGGAGUUAUUGCAGGUGGGUCUGUGAGAAUUGUUCUUGAAAUGGCUGGAGUUGAGAAUGCUUUGGGAAAGCAAAUAGGGAGUAAUAAUGCCCUCAACAAUGCUAGAGCGACUGUUGUUGCUGUGCAGAAAAUGAAGCAAUUUCGUGAGGUUGCUGAGGAGCGUGGGAUUCCAAUGGAAGAAUUAUGGAAGUAACGAAAAUUGUGAAGCUAGUGUAAUUUUUAGAUGUCAAUCUUUGUGUUAUAGAGCUGAUCAUAGUUCUUGUUAAGGAAGUGAAACAGUGUUCAAUUUUUGUUGAAAGUUUUCUGAAACUGAACAGUUUCUUCAGAAAGCUAACUGUUCAGAUUGAAUCAUAUAUAUUCUUUACCUGCCUGUUUCAUUUGUCUUUAUGGUCAUUCAAUUUAUGCACGGCUUCAUCAUA